AUGUGUGCUAGUAAAAGAUCGAUAUUAAAGAAAGCUCUUAUAACAGUACCUGUUGUUAGUAAUGAAGAAAUUGUUCAAAUACCAGAUGAAAGAAAUUUAUCUGAUGUUAAAGCCACAGCAUUGAAAUUAGUUGAAGUUUUUAGGGUAAAUAUACAAUACCCAUUCAAUCUGUAUAUACUCUGUUAUAGCAGUGGUGAAACACCUGAACCAGCUGUACCAAUAAGUCCUGGUGUAACAGGAACACCAUUUGAUCUACCAACAUCUAUUACAUCAGUUAUUGAGUAUACUGAUAUAUUUAGAUUAUUUAUAGAAUGUCUAAAGAAGGAGUUAGAUUGGGAAGUAUUAAAAUGUGUUUUGGAGAAUUUACCACUUGUAUUACAAAAUAAAACAUUAAUUUUAUCAACCCGCGGUGAUUUGAUUGAUGAACUGUGUCAUCAUUUAGCGUCAAUGGUUAAUGAUAGGUCUCUGGGGCUACCCGAGAAACUGAAGAAUCUGCGACCAGGUUUCACCAGAGCUGAUUUUCAUACCUUUGUCUUUCCUGUUUUAGCGGCCAUGGUUACCUAUCAUGAAUAUUUAGAUAGAAAUCGACAGAGAGAGCUGAUCAAAUGUUUAGAGUUUGGUUUUGUAUCCAAGUGUGCUAAAGGUUGUGUAAGUUCUUUAAGAAUUUGUACGUUAGAGAUGCAGGAUGUUAUGAUGAGACUUCUACCAUUAGUAUUAUUAUCAUUGUCUAAAAUAUCGGCUACAAUAUCCAUGGCUAUUCCAGUAUUAGCAUUUCUUUCAAGUAUUGUACGACUGCCAAAACUUUAUGCAAAUUUUGUUGAGGACCAGUACAUGAGUGUUUUUGCGAUAGCUCUUCCAUAUACAAAUCCAUUUAAAUUUAGUCAUUAUACUGUAUCACUGGCUCAUCAUGUUAUAGCUGUCUGGUUCAUCAGAUGUAGAUUACCCUUCAGAAAGGGAUUCGUUAAAUUUAUACACACGGGUCUAAAAGCCAACGUAUUGCAACAGUUUGAAGAGAACUCAAAGUUAAAUCUACAGAAUCAGGAUUCAUCAGAUCGCGGUAGAUCAGGAUCAUAUACAGCUGGUACUAGAACAAGACGUAGAAUGGCAUCAGGUUCAGCCAUUUUACCAGGUGAUCAACAAGCUCCAAUAGAAGAAAAAAUGUCCCUGUUUCACAAGGAAUUAACAGAAACUUGUACAGAUAUGAUGGCCAGAUAUACUUUUGGUAACGUUUCAACCACACCACAAAGAUCACCUGUAGCACAGUUCCUGUUGAAAGGUGGACAGAGUCAAACAUGGUUGGUUGGCAACAAGAUCAUCACCAUAACAACCAGUGGUGGCGGUACGAAGACCAGAGAUAAUGGAUUGUGUGAAAAGUGCAUUACUUUAUAUCAAGAAACUCAAGAAACUAGACAUAAUACUUCUAAAAAAUCACGAGAUCGCAGACGUCACAAGUCAACAGCAUGUUUAAGUCGUAGUCAUAGUCAAGUUGAUCCAGUAGGAAUAUAUAAUACUGAUGAAGGAGAUGCUGCAUUACCACGGCGGUCACAGGAUGAUCUCAGUUUAAUAAACGAUGAUGCUUUUAGUACGGAUAGUCGUGAUGAUGUUGGUGUUCAGACUGGUAGUUCACUUCUAGGAUCUGGUAUAGACAAAGAUCCAAUAGAAUCUCUUUUAUUUGGUAAUAAAGGCCCGAUGCCAGAGAAAAGAGCAUUUAGUAUAAAUCAAUGUAACUGUUGGUGUACUGGAUGGGCCGAGAUUUUAAUACGAGCUCCGAGUGGUAAUAUGUCAUGGAUGAUGCGCAUAGAAAAUGAAACCAGUAUAUUCAGCCAACAAGAUAUGUCUUUUUCAGACCUAACGUUAUUAUUUGCUCCUCUCUGUAAAAGACCACAACCCUCGACAGAAUCAGAUAGCAUUGGAAAGAUUGAUAGUGAAAGUCUGGGAGAAGAUGAAUAUGAAUCUAUUUAUUCAAAACAUUUUCCAACAGAUCAAAAACCAGAAGAUCCAACAAUUAUUUCAAAUGAACCUAAAAAAGAGACAAAAGGUUUCUUAGUACCAGAUCCAGAGCCAGAAAGUACCAUUAGUUCCGAACCUAUUGACCUUCCGUCACCAUCAUCUCUUCGUAAAACAAACUCUUCACCUUCUCUGAUUGGUUCUUAUCCUGAUGAUGGUAUUAUGAAAGAAAAUAAAUCAAGUCCAACCAAAAACGAUACAGAUACUGAUACAAUAGAACAAAUCUCUCCUCAACCACUAAUCACCUCACAAAAAAUAGAUACUAGUCCGCCACAAAAUCCAGAUAUUCUACCAUCUGCUAGUGAGAAAAGUAGUCUGGUAAUUAAGAAAUCAAAACCCGUCAAACCAGUGAAGCGAAAUCUCUCAAAUUCUCUUUUGAAAGAAAUCGAAGAAGCUGAAGUUGCUACAGAAACUGAUGAAGAUAUUCUUAUACAAUCGGAUAAGAAAGAAGAAGAAAAUGUUUUCUCAGAUAUGAAAGACACUAUUCCGCCUCAAAUGAAAUAUGUGCAAAUUGACAGUAAUAAGUUAACACCCCUUGUAGUUAGUUCGGAUCAGAAGACACAUUCGGACACUAGUCAUACAGAAAUUACACUGAGUCAGACUACCGGUAGUUCCACAAAUUCCUCCACCCCGGAAGACAUACCGGAAAUGAAAACUAUAAAGCCGCGCGGUCACACCAUAUCUGUGAUGUCCCCUGCUAUAGAAGUUAGACAGAAAGAAGAUGUUGAUGCCAGAUCAAAAUCAGGAUCGGUAAAAGAAGCAAAUAGAAGUGGUAUUAGUCCUGGUUUUGUGUUCUUACAGUUAUUUCAUAAUCAUCCUUUAUUAAGUUCCCAAGAAACACCUGUUUUAUUACAACAUAAUGAGACAACAGAAAGAGCUUUAAGAAUAUUAGAUCACAUCCAUCCAUAUGAGACUCAUAAACUAGGUGUGGUCUAUGUUGGUCCAGGUCAGGCUACUAAUGAAAAGGCUAUAUUAUCUAAUUUAUAUGGAUCGGAAAGAUAUGCUAGACUUGUAGAACAGUUAGGUCAGUUAAUCUGUUUACGUGAUGUUAAUCCCGAUCAGGUUUAUACUGGUGGACUGGCGUCAAAUGGGGAAGAUGGACAAUUUGCUUACAGUUGGCAAGAUGAUGCCAUGCAAGUUAUUUUCCAUAUUGCAACAUUGAUGCCAAACAAAAAUUCUGACCCUAACUGUAACUCUAAGAAGAGACAUAUAGGCAAUGAUUAUGUUACAAUUAUAUAUAAUGAUUCUCAUGACGAUUAUAAGAUUGGCACUAUCAAGGGUUCAUUUAAUUAUGUAAAUAUUGUAAUUAAACCAUUAGACUAUGAGAGUAAUGCUGUUACACUUCAAACUAAAGAAGUGCCUUCCAAUAUCUCUACAGAUAUUGCUGAGAUUCUGGGUCACACAGACACUAAAAUUAUAUCCGAUGAGAAUUUAGCUCAAUUAGUUCGACAGAUAGCUAUGCAUUGCAAUUUAGCUUCCAUGGUGCUACAGAGACAACAAUCACAGCCGCAAGACCCAUUUGCUUCAAACUGGUUGGAGAGAUUACGACAGAUUAAGAGAAUAAAGCAGAAAGCUUUACAGGUAGAAUCACCAGGUAUUAAAGAAGAAGGUAUUCCAAUAAUAACCAGCAGAUCUUUUAUGGAAGACUUUACUGAUUACGUUUAAUAAAAACUAUAAGAACA